CAUUUUAUGCCAACUGUCAAUCUCGUUGUUAUACUUCUUUAAUGUUUUUCUAUUAUUUCUAUCAUUUCUAAUUGCAACACAAAUUACAAAUGUGAUAUUUGUUAAUCUUUAAAAAUAUAUUUCUUUUUAAACACUUACUUGGUGUUUAAACUUUUUUCUUAAUUUAAAAGUACUUCAUAAUAAUAUAUUCACAGUACGCAUUCUGAUCAAGUUCUGAUAAUAUUUGAUAAGUUUUUCGUAUAUUGUAAUGAAUUCUCAAAAUAUCUCUUCGUCUCCUACUUAUAAAAAUGUCAAAAUUAAAAAGAUACAUUCACCUUUAGAACUUAAAGAGAAAAUGAGAAAGGAUUAUAAAAGCAAAAUACAAAGUAGCCGUUGUUUGCUUCUGAAUAAAAUUCGAGGUUCUUCAGGGAGUGAUCUUCGUGAUACUCUGACAGAUAUUUUCAAUGAAACAGUAAACUCAAAUAAAGAUAUAACAAAUGAAGACUUUAUUUUUGAUGUUGAAGAGGCUAAAAUAUUAGAAGAAAUAAAACAAGAAUUAAUUCAAAAUGAAUUAGAUUGGUGGAUUGAGGAGUAUGAGAAAUCACAAAACGAUUACAUCGACUGGCUUUCACAAGAGUAUGAAGAGAAUAUCAUAUGUUUAAUUUGUCAAAAACAUAAUUUUUUAGCUAACAAUGAUACUUUAUCAUGUCCCCCUUGUAAUAUUAAAAUAAAAGUAAAUAAUACACUCCAAAACUUAAAAAAUAUUAUAAAUGAAAAAAUUGAAAAGCAUAAUAGCUUCUGUUGCAAUAAUGUACAUUUUUCUGCUAUCUGUGAAUCAAACGAGACUCACAUAUAUUAUAUAUGUGAUAGUUGUGAAGACAUGCAGUUAGUUAUUUAGUUACAUACAAAUAAGUCGUUGUUUAUAUUCCAUAACACUGUUCACUACUACAGGUUUAGUAAAAGUUGUGAGUAUGGUCUCUGUUACUUAAACAUAUGUUUGUUAGUAGUUUUGGCUGCUUAAGAUAUGUUUAUUUUUGGCCAUUUUGAAUGUUUAUAAUAAAAUAUUGAAAAA